AUGCAUAUCCCCAUCCCGGCUCAGCCCUGCGCUAAUGGAGAAGAUACAGCACCUACGGCGUCAUCAGAGUGCUACACUGCCAACGGAGAGGACUACAGGGGCUUCCAGAAUCAGACCAGCCUGCAUGGUGGUAAACCCUGCCUCUUCUGGAAUGAGACUUUCCAGCACCCUUACAACACUCUCAAAUACCCCAAUGGAGAGGGAGGUCUGGGCAGCCACAACUUCUGCAGGAACCCUGAUGGGGACGUUCAGCCGUGGUGCUACAUCGCAGAUCACGAGGACGGGAUCUACUGGAGAUACUGCGACAUCCCAACAUGCAAGAUGCCUGGGAACUUGGGCUGCUUCAGAGACAGCGGCGACCCGCCCACUUUGUCCGGCACCAGCGAGACCUCCAACAAACUCACCAUCCAGAACUGCAUUAGCUUCUGUAGGAAGCAGAGAUACAAGCUCGCCGGCAUGGAGUCAGGAUAUGCUUGUUUCUGUGGCAACGAAGUGGAACAGCGUGACCACGGCGAGUCGCCUAGCAUGGAGUGUAACCAUGUUUGCUUCGGAGAACACACACAGCCCUGCGGGGGGGACGGCUGGGUCAUCAUCUUUGACACUCGUGUGGGGGCCUGUGGUGGAAACUACUCCUCUCCAUCCGGAGUGAUCUACUCCCCUGAUUUCCCAGACAAGUACGGGGCUGGCCGAGUUUGCUACUGGACCAUCCACGUCCCUGGAGCCUACGCCAUCCUCUUCAACUUCACUUUCUUUGAAAUCUCCGACCAGACGGACAUGGUGGAGCUCCUUGACGGCAACAACAACCAGGUGUUGGCGCGCUUCGACUGGCGCAGCCCUCCGAGGGAGCUAGUGAACGUCACAGGAGACUAUGUCAUUCUGUACUUCUACUCUGACCGCACCAACCAGGCCCAGGGAUUUGCUCUGCUUUACCAAGCACUGAGAAGCCAAGACACCAGAGCAAUGGAGGGCGAAGGAGGUGAGGAUGAUGAAGCGGAGGACGUCUCGAGCACGGCGGGGCCGCAGCUAGCUGGCGGCGUCACAGAGAGGUCCAACAGCACCUCCAACGGACGCUCCUCCCAGAUCCUCUACGUGAUCACGUCCAGCCCCGGGAAACCGGAGCACAACAUGCCAGGUCAGUGGGCUGGACGCGGCGAGACCACCAGCCACAGCGCUAUGUGGACCAUUUACGCUCUGGCAGCUCUCCUCAUUCUGACAGUCAUCGCCAUGGUGGCGAAGCUGCUGCUCCAUAUGACGGUCAAGUCUCAGAACAUCCCAACGGUGAGCGGUUCAGACAGCUGCAGUCAGAGCACCGCGUCCUCUGAGCCCUGGAUCAUCCUGUACCGGCCCUCCACCAUCUCCCUCUUCAAGAAAAAGUUAAAGAACCACCACGGCGACCUCAGCCCCCUGGUGGGCAACUAGCUGCGCACCACCACUAACCAAACGCCACCGUCAAACACAACUGCUCUGUACGAUGGCCGUCAGGAGCCAGGCCCUCAGACAAUGAAACUAUAGGAGGCGCUGCGCCAACACGAACAACUGAGUGGCUAAUGACAAGUGACUGCUAAGAAAUGGCCUUUGAGCCCAAGUGGCCCUCCCACUCUGCUCAGCACAAAAGAGGAGUGGGACAGGCAGGGCUGUCACUGAGUGUGGGGGGCAAAGAGGACGCUCUGACAGAGA